CUAUUUUGAACAUAACUCGAAACAUGCCCUAAGAAAUCGACCUUGUUAUCAGCGGCUCGAACUUCCCCAAAUCCCACUCCCAACUGAUAUACUAAAAAGUUAAAACACAAAUUCAGUUGAGCAAUAAUCAAUGGCAGCAAAUUUUGGAUCCCUUCCAUUGUACUCUUUGAUUCAAUUGAGUAUUUAAAGAGGGAAGUAUUAGGGAAAUUGGAAGGAUGUCUCAGCAAAACAGCAAUAACAGUAGCAAUAAUAUACCAGUUAGCGAAGUUUAUUGGACACUGGUGGCCAAAGCUGACAAGAAGUUCUCAAAAAUUCGAGAUUUGCCUUACUACCAACGUAACAGGUAUGAUACAUACUUCUACAAGGUUUUCAAGGUAUACACACAAUUAUGGAAGUUUCAACAAGAGAAUCGACAGAAGUUGGUGGAAGCUGGUCUCAAGAGAUGGGAGAUUGGGGAUAUUGCAUCUAGAAUUGGUCAGCUUUAUUUUGGCCAGUACAUGAGGACAAGUGAAGCCAGCUAUUUAUCUGAGUCAUAUAUCUUUUAUGAGGCAGUGUUGACUAGGGAGUACUUUAAAGAUGGGAUGUUUCAGGAUGUUAAUCUUUCCAACAAGCAACUUCGGUUUCUUGCUCGGUUUAUGACAGUUUGUUUGGUUUUAAAUCGGCAUGAUAUGGUUUUUCAAUUGGUAAAUCAGCUGAAAAUGUUGCUUGAUGAAUGCAAGAGGGCGUUCCAGGAAACUGAUUUUAAAGAAUGGAAGCUGGUGGUUCAGGAAAUAGUUAAGUUUCGAAAAGCUUACCCAGCUUUUAUGAAUAUCAGGCCAUUGAGAUAUAGUGUUGUGUUGGACCUUCAUCCAGAUUGCCUGCCACAAGUUGUUGAAGCAAAGAGAAAGCUAAGAUUACGAGAUGCACUGCUCUGCAGCUACCAUCCCAAUGAGGUUAAGUAUUCAGAAUUGACUCUUGAUACUUUCCGGAUGCUACAAUGUCUGGAAUGGGAACCUAGUGGGUCAUUUUAUCAGACAGGCAGGGUUCCUCCAAGUGGGGUUGGAACUGGUAUUGGCCAGAAUGGAGCUCCAGGGCCCAGUCGUGUUAAUUAUUCACAAGAUAUAUCUGAUCCUACUCUACCUCCUAAUCCUCGCAAGUCCAUCUUAUAUCGUCCGUCUGUUACAAAUUAUUUAGCGGUCUUGGCCACAAACUGUGAGGAGCUACCUCAUGAUGGAGUUCUUUUACUAUAUUUGUCUGCUGCAGGCAGCUCUCAGAACUCUUUUUCUUCUCCAUCCCACGGUGCAGGGAGGAGCUUUAUGUCUCGUGUUGGCGACUCAGAAGCCUCCUCUACAUCUUCACUGAACUUUGAAUUUGAAAUCGCAAAUCCCAUUUCUGCCAAGGGGAAUUGCUUGAGUGAGCAGAGUAGUUGCUUAUACAUUGGCUCUCGUUCCAGUAGAGGUCUGAAUGGGAUUUAUCCAUGUGACUUGUUGCCAUUCACUAGAAGACCACUCUUUUUGGUCAUUGACAGUGAUAUCAGUAAAUCAUUCACGGCAUUAAGUGGAUCAGAGAAGGGAGAAUCAGUUAUCAUGCUACUCUCUCCUGCUAUGUCACUGCCUAUACCUACUGUGGACUCUUCACGACAGCCGAGUGGAAGCUCAUUCACAAGUUUUCUUACAGUUCCUUUACAGGCUUUCAUUUUGAUGCUUGGUUUCACGGGUUCUGACAUUGACAUGGAUAUGUAUGAUAAGGCUGACAAACUUCUUUCUUCAUCAUUAAAUGAGUGGGGUUUGUUAUUAGCAGCAUCAGAUAAUCUUAAUCCUGUUUGGGCUCAAACUCUUGGAGAUCCAUUUUUACGGCGGCUUAUUUUAAGAUUCAUAUUCUGUCGGACAGUGCUGGCGCUGUAUGCUCCAACCUUCAACAAGACAGAAUUUCUCCCUGAAUGCAUCCCUUCCCUUCCAGAUGCUUUCCUGCCAACUAGUGACACAUGUCAAAGGAUAGUAUUGCAACUUGCUGACAUCUUUGGUGCAACCAGCAAGUUCAAUUUUUCAGAAGAGACGCCGAUGCUUUCUGAUAGCAGAAGCCAGGAGAAUUGAACUUGGCAACUAAUUAUUUAUUUUAUUGGGUCAAUUCUGGUAGCUUUGUAAAUUGAUUUGAAAAUGAGGAGGCUUCUUUGGUUUGUCCCUUCUCUAAUGUUUGUCUGUUAGUUUGAUUUGGGGUUCUGUAGGUUGAUAUAUAUACUUGUCCAGUUAGUCAUGCUUGUGAAGUCUGAACAAUGGUUCCUCCAACAUUCCCAGUUUGAUUGAUAUCCCAAAUGUUUUCAACGCGAGCUGCGCUCAUGCUACAAUCUGUAUUGGCUAAACUCUCUUCUUAUACAUCUUUCUAUAGUUUCUUUUU